AUGGAGUAUUUGGAAAAAACUAAGGACCUUGAAAAGUACCAUGGUGGUGAGUAUAGAGUCAGCCUUGAUGCCAAAGCCGUUGACGGGGCCGUAGUUAUUGAUGAGGACGUGGGUGAUGGUGGUGCUGCGGCGUUGGAGGCCUUGUUAAAUCAGAUAGAUAGUGGAAAAGGUUGUGAAUUAUUGUUGUUUAGAAAAUUGGUUGUUGUUGGGGAGGAGUCUUUUAGGACUCCAAAGAAAGGAAUGGUGUUUGGUUCUAUGUUGGAGGUUGAUGAGUAUUUUCGUAAUUAUGUCCAGCAGCAGGGGUUUGGUGUUGUGAGGGCUAGUGGGGCUAAGUCUGGAAAAGGUAUGAAGCGUAAUUGUAGGUGGACUCGUGAAUUUUUUGGUAAGACUGUGCGGAAGAGGAAAAAGCCUGAACCGAGGUUGGUGUCUAAUGCUCAGAUCAGUGAAGAUGAAGACUUGUGUCCUAAACGCAAGUCGAAGAAAUGUGAUUGCAUUGUGUUUCUAUAUGCCAAGGUCAAUAAGUCUGGGAAAUGGGUUAUUGAUCAGGCCCAUUUGACACAUGUUGGGCAUAAUCCUACUCCUGGAAAAUCAAAGAACAUUAGUAGGUUUAGGAAGAAAUUUUUGGUGGAUAAUCCUCAUCUUGUGCGGCAGUUGUUUAUUGAACGUAAGGAUGGGGUUCCUGUGGCUAAUAUAUAUAGAAGUAUGGCAAAGAAGAGGAAUGGGUUGGAGGAUAUGCCGUUUGAGCAGAAGGAUUUACAUGCUGAAGUUGCGAAGCAGAAGAAACUUGUGUUUGAACAAGGGGAUGCAAAAUUUAUGUUUAACUACUUUAAGAGGAUAGUUAAGGACAAUGAUAAAUUCUUUCAUACAUAUCGAGUUGAUGAAGAUGGUCGGUUGAAAGAUGUGCUAUGGGUUGAUGCUAGGAGUAGGGCGGCGUACGAGGAGUUUGGUGACGUCGUUGGUUUUUAUUCUAGGUACUUGACUAACGAGUAUAAGCUUCCUUUCUACAAUUUUGUUGGUGUCAACCACCAUGGGCAGACCAUUCUACUUGGUUGUGCUCUUGUUAGUCGUGAGACUACCGAGACAUUUGAAUGGGUAUUUUCAAGUUGGCUUAGAUGUAUGGGUGAUAAAGCUCCUAUUGGGAUUCUAACGGACCAAGAUCCGGCAAUGAGGAAGGCUUUGAAGGCGGUUAUGAAGGGUACGACGCAUAGAUGGUGUAUUUGGCACAUUCUCAACAAGUUCUCUCAGAAGUUAGGCAAGCGCGUUUAUUACCCUGAGUUGAAGGAGGGACUGCACCGAGCUGUCUAUAACAGCCUUGACUGGUUGUUUGAAGAAAGGGCUAUGUGGGUUCCCGCUUUUGUGAAACAUUUGUUCUGGGUAGGGAUGAAAACCACUCAGAGGGUAGAAAGUGUUCAUAGAUUUUUUGAUGGAUAUUUGAGCAAGCACACCUUGUUACAUGAAUUCGUGGAGCGGUAUGAAGAAGCCCUCUCGGUUAGAGCAACAACAGAAAACAAGACUGAUGACAACAAUGCUAGAUAUGUGAGGAAGGCGUGCACCGACUUUCCUGCGGAGCUACUCUUCCAAAAGAUUUACACUGAUGAAAAAUUCAAAGAAGUUCAGCAUGAAUGUACACGUAUGAUGUAUGUUAGUGAAAUUGAGAGAAGACAAGUUUCUGAGCAGGUGCUUGAGCAUGUAAUUGAGGACAGAAUUUGGUACAAGCCCCAAAAUUCAAAUAAAGAGAUAUCGUCUAAGCGUAAGCGGAGAUAUGUGGUUACUUUUGACAUUGUAACCAAGGAUUCUUGUUGUGAAUGUAAGCACUUCAACUGUCACGGAAUUAUCUGUCGUCACAUAAUUCAGGUCUAUGAGUUGCAUGACCACUUGGAUAUUCCAGACAAGUUCAUCUUGAAGCGGUGGAGGAAAGAUGUGAUAAGGCCGUACACCCGUGUCAAGGUUGGUUAUCAUGAUCCAAGUAAGACAGAGGAGGGUUUUUACUUCCCAUAUAGCCCCCAAUCUGUAGGAGGUAUUCAGAUGGUUGAUGGUGAUGGUUCUAGUGGCUACUUCAUUGGUGUUUCCGGAGGCCAGAUUGGUGCAGGUCAUAUUGCAGGGUCUGAGACUGAUCGUUAA